GUCACGUGACAGUAGCAGCAGAUCCAUCAUGGCGGCCGAGGACAUGGCUGCAGAGAAGGGCUCGUCAUUCAUGGACCCUUUUAAAGGAUUACUGUUGACUUAUCUCAUGCCAGAGUCUUGUUACGACGAGUUUUUCCUCAACUUCAACUUUUUAGACGUAUCAUGUUUGAAGGUGGUCAUUAGCAAAGGCCUGGGCAUUGGCAUCAUCCUGGGAUCAGUGCUAGUGAAGCUGCCUCAGAUCUUGAAAUUGGUGGGAGCGUCCAGUGCAGAGGGGCUGAGCCUGCAGUCUGUUCUGUUGGAGCUGGUGGCCAUCACAGGGACUAUGGCCUACAGCAUCGUCAACAAGUUCCCCUUCAGCGCGUGGGGUGAAGCACUCUUCCUCAUGCUGCAGACACUGGCCAUUGGCUUCCUCAUCUUCCACUACAACCAGAAGACCAGCAGAGGUGUGUUGUUCGUGCUGGUGUAUGGGGCAGUCCUGUCUGUGCUCCUCUCCCCUGUCACACCUCCUGCCCUCAUCACCACCUUGCAGGCCUCCAACAUGCCUGCCAUCGUCAUAGGAAGGCUAAUCCAGGCGGUCUCUAACUAUCAGAAUGGCCAUACAGGGCAGCUGUCAGCCAUCUCUGCCUUCCUUCUGUUUGCUGGCUCACUCGCACGAAUAUUUACAUCUCUACAGGAGACAGGAGAUGCACUGAUGGCUCUGACCUACAUCAUCUCCUCCAUGUGCAACGGCAUCUUGGUCCUACAGCUGCUGUACUACUGGAACAGGAAGCCCCCUGCCAAGACCAAGGGAGACUAGACCAGGACCUAUACCAGGAUUGAGACCAAAAACCAAGGCAAACUAGACCCAAGACCCUAGACCAGGACCAAGGCAAACUAGACCAGGGGGCAGUAGAUCCGAAACCAAGACAGUCUAGACUCAAGAUCUAGGACCAUGGGCCUAGACAAGACAGCUAUCCCCUGCAAUAGAGCCAUAAUGUACUGGGUGUCAAGACAUAAAAAUUAUUUACAAUUUAGAAACUUUCAAAGCUAAUAUUCUUCUGGAACAUUUGUCCAGUUUUAGUUCAAAUUUAGAUUAAAUUACAUUUAGAUUUUGUGCACAUUUUGAGUUAUCGAUUGUGGUGUUAUUUCUGUAUAAAUAAAUGUUGCUAUGUUAAUAAUUU